UUGGAGGGCUGAUCUCUACGGUCCGGCGGUGGUAGAGUCCACCCCCCCCUGCGUCCGCGGUGGCUGGUAUCGCCCGGCGGAGCCUGCAGCGCCGCAGGCCGGCCCCCCUCCUCGUCCCGUCCGGACGGUUCCACUCGGCCCUGCCGCUCACCCCGCGGGCGCCGUGUCCGGACCCCAGUUCCUGCCCUUGGCGCCUCCAUUGCUGAGCCAUCAUGCACGGCCGCCUGAAGGUGAAGACCACGGAGGAGCAGGCAGAGGCCAAGCGCCUGGAGCGGGAGAAGAAGCUCCACCAGUACAAGGCCACCACGGAGGCCAUCUUUGAGAAGAGGAGGCUGGGGCAGCUGGACAAGGAGGGGCUAGAGCUGACGAGCCAGAUCUUGGGGGCCAACCCCGACUUCGCCACGCUCUGGAACUUCCGCCGAGAGAUCUUCCUGCACCUGGAGGAGGAGGGGUCCCCCGAGGAGAUGCAGGCGCUGUGCCAAGGGGAGCUGGGCUUCCUGGAGUCCUGCCUGCGGGUGAACCCCAAGUCCUACGGGACUUGGCACCACCGGUGCUGGGUGCUAGAGCGGGCGCCCCAGCCCGACUGGGCCCGUGAGCUGGAGUUGUGCGCCCGGUUCCUGGAGAGUGAUGAGCGCAACUUUCACUGCUGGGAUUACCGGCGCUUUGUUGCCAAGCGGGCCCAGGUGCCGGCUGAGGAUGAGCUGCGCUUCACUGACAGCCUCAUCACUCGCAACUUCUCCAACUACUCUUCCUGGCAUUACCGCAGCUGCCUGCUGCCCCAGCUACACCCUGACCCCCAGCACCAUGGCCGCCUCACCGAGGAUGUCCUGCUGCGAGAGCUAGAGCUGGUACAGAACGCCUUCUUCACAGACCCCAAUGACCAGAGCGCCUGGCUCUAUCACCGCUGGCUGCUGGGUCGAGCCGACCUGGAGCCCACAAUCCACUGCAUCUAUGUGAACCGAGAGGAUGCCUGCCUAGCUGUGGCCUUCUCCCAGCCUGUGAGGGUGACACCUGGAUCCCAUGGCCUCAUUCUGCUCGCUGAUGAGGCCCCCCUGACAGUGGAGUGGCACACACCUGAUGGGAGAAACCACCCUGGAGUCAUAUGGCUCUGUGACCUCCCAGCCUCGGCUCUCAAUGACCACUGGCCACAACACACCUUCCGGGUCAUCUGGGCACCCGGGCAGUGCCAGAAGGAGUGCGUUCUCUUCAAAGGCCGCAAGGACUGCUGGUACCGGGACUCUGUCACUGAGGAGCAGGUGUUCAGGUGCGAGCUGUCGGUGGAGAAAUCCACGGUGCUGCAGGCCGAGCUGGAGUCAUGCAAGGAGCUGCAGGCGCUGGAGCCUGACAACAAGUGGUGCCUGCUUACCAUCAUCCUGCUAAUGAGGGCCCUGGACCCCCUGGUGUAUGAGCGUGAGACCCUCCGCUACUUCGGGGCCCUGAAGGCAACCGACCCCAUGCGCGCUGCCUACCUGGAUGACCUGCGCAGCAAGUUCCUGGUGGAGAACAGCAUCCUCAAGAUGGAAUACGCUGAGGCCCGUGUCAUUGACUUGUCCCACCGGGAGCUGACAGCACUGGGCCACCUGGAGCACCUACUGCUUGUCACCCACAUGAACUUGGCGGGGAACCGGCUGCAGCACCUGCCACCUGCCUUGGCAGCUCUGCGCUGCCUCGAGGUGCUGGAGCUGGACGGGAACGAGAUCGAGAGCCUGGACGGACUCCCCGGGCUGCCACGCCUACAGGAGCUGUCCCUGCGCCGCAACCGUCUGCGGCGUCCCAGCGACCUGCGACCUCUGACCUUGUGCCCCUGCCUGGCCCAGCUCGACUUGGCUGACAACCCACUGACCAACCUCCCCGAGGCCCCAGCUGAGCUGGCCAACCUGUUGCCUGCUGUCCACAUCACUCUCGUCUGAUUAGCCAGGGCCAGGCUGGCCCCGCUCACCUGCCAGUGCGCUAAUUUAUUUAAAUAAAUGGUUCAA